UACAUAAUCACACGAAAUGUCAGCAUACGAUAGGCAUGUUCGAAGGGGUCAUCCCAUCGUCACUGGAAUAAUCAUUGCAUUCGCAAUCAUUGAGGGUGGAAUAUCGACCUGGUUAAUCGUGCAAUAUAACCGUCACGGCGGAUACCUCUCCAACGCUAUCCGCGAUCGCACAGGGCUCACCGUCUUCACCUCGUGGUGGACGGUAUUCUUCGGCCUCAUUUACAUGGUUCUAUUCCUCCAUUCAGCGGCGACGGGUUCGAUCAUGACCUCCGUCGCAUCGCAUGCGGCCUGGCUCUUCAUCACCUGGGUUCUAUGGACUGCAUGCGCAGCGAGCAUCACGGCGGGCCUUGGUGGGGGAGUCAAUUGCUCCAACAUUGGGUAUUACCUACCCUACUGUAAUCAUCUCGUUGCAAUGGAAGCAUUCGCCUGGAUAGAAUUCAUUCUAGUAACCUUUGCGCUCAUCAUCGUCUUCGUCAGCGCUCGUCGUGCCGUUCUCCGUGGAGAUGGAUGGCAUGGACAGCUCAUCUAUGCCUGAGCUAAUAUACCCGCCUGUUGUUUAAUGACCACCUACGAGCCCACGCCCUGAAUGAGACCUUACGAGCUGUAUUAAAUAAUACAACAUCUUUCUCUCGUAAUAUACUGCUCUUUUCAC